ACCAGCGCUCCCUACGCGCACCCCGCCGUGACGGUCCUAGAGCUGACGUCGAACACGGCGUCAUCCUCUGCGCUUCCGGACACAUUCGGCUUUGAUAUAUCCCGCCAGGGCAGCUUCAUCUCGCUCUAUACGGCCUCGAACAUCUGGCUGAUCAAGACGGCGCAGCUCCCUCGACUGUGGGCGCGCACAUUGGAGGUCAAGCGGAAACCUGUCGCGGUGGACAUCAUGGAGGAUGGAUCUCUUCUGGCUGUCCUCUCGCGCCCGUCGCAGGUGGACUUGUACGAGAUCCAGGGCGAGCAGGAUCGAUCAAUCAAGAAGAGACGGACAAUCAUGCUCGUACAUGAAGCCUCGUCAAUGGCGCUCUCGCCGGACGGACUUAUCCUGAUCACUGGGAACAAUUAUGGCAUUGAGGUUGUGCCUAUUGGGCCUAACGCUUCGGAGUCCAGCCGCAGGACACUCUCGGGCCCUAUCGGAGAAAAGCUGCAGUUUUCCGAGGAUGGACGGACGCUCCUGAUCACGGGAUGUGCGCGCAGGUCGAGUAGCUCUUCACUGUUUGUCCUCCCAGGUCUCUACGAUGGUCCGCUGAACGAGGAGGGGGUCCCGAUUCCUACGCCGCCAGACGCAGCGUGGACCGGAUUGGUCCUGUUCCCGGACACUACGCGUAUCGCUCGGCAGGCCACACUGCUUCCAGAUGCGGAGACGGGGCAUAUCGACGGGCUGUUUGCUUUCAACGCAGAGGAGGAUACAUGGGGUAUCUACGAUAUUCCGACCCAGCGAUUCACCAAGAAGAAGAUGUUCCUGCCCGACCAGCAGCGGUGGACGAGGGCCGAGUUCCUGGACGACGCAAUGCCCGCCGUCUCCCCGAGCGCAGAUCUCGCAGCUGUUGCUCUGAGGAUGCGUGGGACCACGAGCAUCUGGAUCUACCAGGUUCCGGGAUGGGACUACAAGCCGAAGUCGCAGGCCCUCGACGCUAUCCAGCCCUGCUUUUGCAUCCCGAUAUUGCGUGAGAAUGCCGAUAUCAAUCAAGAGAUCACAGCGCUGCGGUGGGUAAGGGUCGACUCCAACAUCCAACGACUCGUGGCGGUUGGCAAUAUCACGACCAUUACCUCAGAAACGGAUCGUCCAAGUGUUCCUGAGGGCUCAAAGGCGGUCAUAAUCGCACUCGACUUCGACAAGACGAAGCCUGUUGGGGUUGCGCCCGAAUCUACCAGGACCGAAUAUGACCUUGAUCCACUGUUACCAGGAGAGAAACUCCCCGAAGGCUCAAUUGAUUUCGAGAGAGAAGUCGAGUUGGUGCGGACACGAACGCUGGCCCAAAGGAGAGCGCAGGACCAGCUUGCGGGCAGGAGGAAUUCUAGAGGCAGCACCCCUGGUCGGGCUCAUACCAGCGCCCAUCGCGACCGUCCCAGUUCUAUCCGCCCGGCCGUUCCCACGAUUGUAAGAAACGACUCCGACGAGCUAACGACGGAGGAGGCGCAGGCCGCUUUCGAGGAGCCAUAUGAUAACACCCAACCUCGCUCACAGAACUCCCUUGCACGAGCAGCAACUGUAGCAGCCGUGUCCCCAGCCAACCGGCGGCAUCUGCGAGCUCUUCCGUUCCGACCCCUCGAGUACCGUCGCGCGGACGGACUUCGAGAAUUUCCCCACGAGAGCGAUGCGGAUAACUGGGUGCCCCCUCCACCAGCAUACACGGCUACAGCGGAGGCUUCGCAGAGUGUCAGCUUGAGCCAUCCCACCGCACCACCGAUUCCUGGGCGCUGUCAUCCCGGUUCGGGGAGCAUCAUUCCCGGUGUUCCUCUGGCUGCAGGCGCUUCACCUUCGCAGCCUCCAUCCACAGGCCCAUAUCGACGGGGAGGCAGCUUCCAAUCUAUCUCAUCUACCGACCUUACGGUGGAACCCCGACCACGCCGCCCAUCGCUCGUCCAUCCUUCGACAUUCCCGUCACCGCAAUCCUCCGGACAUAGUCGCAGGCGAAGUUCAGCGGCUCGUCAACAUUAUCCACCUGCCGCAACAGUGCUGCAUGAGCGCUCAGCGUACCAAGUCUCAUCAGAAUAUCACGCCGCCGCACGCACUGCUGUCCCUGGUAGGCGCCGCAUAGAGAGUACGGUGGAACUGCGGCCCCCGCCUCUUGUUGAUCCUGCAUUCCUACGGCGUGGUUCUGCCCCG